AAUUUAGUCAAUCUUCAAGUAAUCUUCAACUAAAACACCAAAACGUUUGAUAGACUUAAAGGAUGUGUUAUCGAUGAUGUGUAGAAAAAUUGGAAUUCAGAAAUGCCGAUAGAUCAACAAUAUUUUAGCGAGUUAGAGAUAAUCAUGAUUAGAUCAUUCGCAUGUAUUCGAAAUUGGAACGGUCUUUAUUCUCGUGCGAACAAACUCAUUCAAGAAUUUAAGGGAAAAAAAGGAAGCAAAGACAGAUGUUCUUUUUUAAUUCAUGAAUGGAAAUUCACCAUCAUUGUUAUUUUCUUCGAUGGUAUGAGAUUACAAAGCGCUAUAGAUAACAAACAAGCACCAUUUGUAGAAAAAUUGGAGAUAGACGUGCGAGGACAGUUAACACCUUUGACAUCAAAUGGCAAGAUUGAUACGUUUAAUAUUGAAAUUGGAGAAAUAAGGAAAUCCGACAGUGCAGAUUUGAUAACCAAAGGAUAUCGUCACUUGUGGUUAAACUUGAAAGAGUGUGGGAAAUCUGAAUACAAUUCAUUUCCGAAAUCCUUACAUAUGGCGAAAUCAUUAGGCUUGAUUGAUCAAUUUACGUCUUUUGUAGCUUGUCAAAAUGUCAUAAAUUGUAUUAAGGAUGAUGUUGAAGCGGUCAUUGGUUAUGCCUUAAGUAUUAUCUUUCCAGAUUUAAAGUGUAAUUUGAUAGGUAAUCUAUAUACGUCUUAAACAAAUAAGACUUUUAAUUCGCAAUACCAUGAUGGGUUUGAGGGUUACAACUAUUAUGUGAAUCAUAUCACUAUCUAGUAUUUACGUUCACUAUCUAGUAUUUAUGUCCAAUUUUAUUACUCUGUUGAUGUAUGAUCGUUUUUUAAAUAAUAAAUAGAAAUAGAAAUA